GCAGAUAUACUGUGAUAGGUGAUGGUAUUGUGCUGUUUUGUAACAGCUGAUAGAAGCUGACUACAGGUAACAUCUCUAAUGCAUGUUCAACAGGGAGCCAACAUCUUUCUCAAAACUUGGUGAUGGACCCUAAACUGCUAAAAUUCAGAAAGUAGUUUCUCAAAAUACCAUUCUCAUGAUAGAACAAAGCUGGCUAUUUUCCUGCGUCUUGUGCUUGGAGCAUCAGGAUCUGGAUUGUUCUGCUGAAUGAUAGAAGUCAGGUACUGUUGGUUAGUGGAAGUCUCUUCUCUGCUUUUCCGUCUCCAAGCGUUCUAAGGAUGAACCUAUACGGCUCCUGUUGUGGGUCUUUGAUACUCAUUUGGGAGAUGAGGGCUUCUACCAAAUUAAGAUGAGACGGAACAAAAUGCACCAUUCUGCAAAGACUGCAGUUGAUGCAAAAUGAGUGUCCCAGACUAUAUGCAGUGUGCUGAAGACCAUCAGACUCUCCUGGUUGUGGUCCAGCCAGUUGGGAUUGUUCCAGAGGAGAACUUUUUCCAGAUCUACAAACGAAUAUCAUCAGUGAAUCAGAUUAAUGUCCGUGACUCCCAGCGUGUGUUGUAUAUCCGCUAUCGGCAUCACUACCCUCCGGAGAACAAUGAAUGGGGGGAUUUUCAGACGCAUCGGAAAGUUGUUGGGCUCAUAACCAUAACAGACUGUUGUUCAGCAAUGGAUUGGCCUCAGACCUUUGAAAAAUUCCAUCUUCAGAAGGAAAUAUACGGUUCUACACUCUAUGACUCCAGACUGUUUGUCUUUGGGCUUCAGGGAGAGAUUGCAGAGCAGUCCCGCACAGAUGUGGCAUUUUACCCUAGUUAUGAUGACUGUGAAACCGUGGAGAAGAGAAUAGAAGAUUUUAUUGAAUCUCUCUUCAUUGUAUUGGAAUCCAAGCGGCUUGACAGGGCCACCGAUAAGUCUGGAGACAAGAUCCCUCUUCUGUGUGUACCUUUUGAAAAGAAGGAUUUUGUAGGUCUGGACACUGAUAGUAGACAUUAUAAGAAACGUUGUCAAGGUCGGAUGCGGAAACACGUUGGUGACCUAUGUCUCCAAGCUGGGAUGUUACAGGAUUCCUUGGUACAUUAUCAUAUGGCUGUGGAACUUCUGCGGUCUGUAAAUGACUUUUUGUGGCUUGGAGCUGCUCUUGAAGGAUUAUGCUCAGCAUCCGUUAUCUAUCACUACCCUGGUGGCACAGGAGGUAAAGCUGGGGCUCGUAGGGCACAAGGUAGUUCACUUCCUUCUGAGGCAGGCAACAGACACAGACCAGGGGCACAAGAAGUUCUCAUUGAUCCAGGUGCCCUUACUUCAAAUGGCAUAAAUGCUGAUACCAGUGCUGAAAUAGGUCGUGCCAAGAACUGCCUUAGCCCUGAAGACAUCAUCGAUAAAUAUAAAGAAGCCAUUUCUUACUAUAGCAAGUAUAAGAAUGCUGGUGUGAUUGAGCUGGAAGCCUGUGUGAAGGCAGUGAGAGUCUUGGCAAUACAGAAACGAAGCAUGGAAGCUUCUGAGCUUCUUCAGGGUGCAGUUUAUAUCAACCUUCGUCAGACCAAGUCACAAAAAAACCUGGAGGAGGAGGACCCACCCGCCUUAACAGUUUUUCAGAGACUUGACCAGGAUGGAAUAGGAUUGCAGCUUUCUGAAGAGGAAAAAAUUCAGCGUUACAGCAUUCUUUCUGAGCUAUAUGAACGUAUUGGUUUUCACCGAAAGUCCGCUUUCUUCAAACGUAUAGCAGCAAUGCAGUGUGUGGCACCCAGCAUACCAGAGCCUGGUUGGAGGGCCUGUUACAAAUUGCUUUUGGAAACGCUUCCUGGUUACAGUCUGUCUUUGGAUCCUAAGGACUUCAGCAAAGGAACUCAUAGAGGAUGGGCUGCUGUGCAAAUGCGUUUACUUCACGAGUUGGUCUAUGCCUCUAGAAGAAUGGGGAAUCCAGCUCUUUCUGUCCGACAUCUGUCCUUCCUUCUCCAAACCAUGCUAGAUUUUCUCUCUGAUCAAGAAAAGAAAGAUGUAACCCAGAGUUUGGAAAACUAUACCUCAAAAUGUCCUGGCACAAUGGAGUUGAUCACACUUCCAGAUGGUUUGAAAUUGCCCCCUGUUCCAUUCACCAAACUGCCUAUUGUAAGAUCUGUGAAACUCUUGAACCUUCCUGUCAGCCUUCGGCCCCAGAAAAUGAAAAGUUUGUUGGGUCAGAACAUGUCAACCAAAAGUCCUUUUAUAUAUUCUCCAAUUAUUGCGCACAACCGUGGAGAGGAAAGAAGUAAGAAAAUAGACUUCCAGUGGGUCCAAGGAGACGUAUGUGAAGUUCAGCUGAUGGUGUAUAACCCGAUGCCAUUUGAACUACGAGUAGAAAACAUGGGUCUCCUGACAGCUGGAGUAGAAUUUGAAUCUCUUCCUGCUGCUCUUUCUCUUCCUGCUGAAUCUGGGCUCUAUCCAGUGACUCUUGUUGGUGUUCCUCAAACCACUGGGCAGAUCACUAUUAAUGGAUAUCACACUUCAGUCUUUGGAGUCUUCAGCGAUUGCCUUUUGGAUAAUCUGCCAGGAUUGAAGACUAAUGGAUGUACGGUAGAAGUCAUUCCAGCUUUGCCAAGGCUUCAGAUCAGUACUUCUUUGCCCAGGUCUGCUCACACACUUCAGCCUUCUUCAGGGGAUGAAAUCUCCACCAAUGUGUCUGUCCAGCUUUAUAAUGGGGAGACACAGCAACUUGUCAUUAAAUUAGAAAAUAUUGGAACAGAACCUUUGGAGAAACUGGAAGUCACAGCAAAAACCCUCAGUACUAAAGAAAAGCUGUAUGGCGAUUUCCUCAGUUGGAAGCUAGAAGACACCCUUGCCCAGUUCCCUCUAAAACCAGGGAAGAUUGCAACGUUUAUUGUAAACAUUAAAGUGAAGCUGGACUUCUCCUGUCAGGAAAAUCUUCUGCAAGACCUUGAUGAUGGGAUCAGUGUUAGCGGACUUCCGCUUUCCAGCCCUUUUCGACAAAUUGUCAAACCACGAGUAGAAAGUAAGCCUAUCAAUCCUCCUGAAAGCAGCAAAGCUGGUGACUUCAGUCACGUAAAGACACUGGAAGCCAUUUUGAACUUUAAAUACUCAGGGGGACCAGGACAUGUUGAAGGCUACUAUAGGAACCUGUCACUGGGCCUUCAUGUGGAAGUGGAGCCAUCUGUCUUCUUUACACGUGUCAGUACCCUUCCUGCAACAAGCACACGGCAAUGCCACCUCCUCCUUGAUGUUUUCAACUCAACAGAACACGAACUUGCUAUUAGUGCUAGAAACAAUGAAGACUUAGUUCUACAUGCUGGCGAAUGUCAGCGUAUGGCUAUCCAAGUCGACAAGUUCAACUUUGAGAGUUUUCCAGAAUCCCCUAGCGAAGGGGUACAGUUUGCAAAUGCAAAGAAACUGGAAGAGGAGAGACAGCAGGCAAAAGGUCUGGAGAUUAACAGCAAGUUAGACAUUUGCUGGAAAAUUCCCUCUUUGAAGCGUGAAGGAGAAGCGAGUGUAGAAGGAGUUCUCAAUCAGCUGGUCCUCGAGCAUUUACAGUUGGCUCCUCUCCAGUGGGAUAUAUCGGUGGAUGGAAAGUUCUGUGACUGUGAUGUUGUGGUGGACUGCAAGGUUGGGGACCCCAUCCCCCUGGAGGUGAAACUCACCAACUGGAGCAAACACAGCGUGGGCCCGUUUGCUCUCACUGUGACCCCGUACCAGGAUUACCAAAACGGAGUGCACAACUAUGAGCUCCAUGAUGCCAUCACCUUUGUGGGAUCCAACACCUUCUAUAUCGAUUCCGUGAAACCCACCAAAAAUUCUGUCUGCUUUGGAGCUCUUCUCUUCCUCUACACAGGUGAUUUUUAUCUCAACAUCAAGUUUCAUGAAGACAACACCAGCAGGGAACUUCCUCUCUCUUGGUUCUGCCUGCCCAGCGUUCACAUUCGUGCUAUGGAGCCUGUGAUCCAAACUAAGCUGUAGAUGUGCCGUAUAGUGUAGGAUUAGCCAUAAUGCACAGAAAUGCUUGGCAUGUCCUCUGCUUGAUCCCAGCUGGUUUCUAUCUGACCCCAGCCUUUAGCGGCACAGUGAAAUGCUUUUAGAAUUGGCUGAUCUUCACGUCCGUGGCUGGAUUUGCUUGUUCUGAAAAGAGCGACUGAAUCGAAUGCCCCAUGUUUCUCCCCUAUGUCCAGUAAGCACUUGAAAAUCACUGGGGAACAGAUUCUUCUCUGAUGGAUUCUUCUCUGAUAUCAGUAGAGUUGAAUUUAGCCAGUGUAAAGGUCUCUGGCCUGAAUGAUGCCUACUGAUGCAUUUUCAGCACCCAAACAAGAGUUGCAUGUGAAUGUUCAAUUCCCCCAUCCCAUAUAAAAUGCCUGGUGUGCCCCAUUGGGUUGUAUUCCCUCAGAUGCUGGUUCUCCCUCUGCUUGUUCCUCACUCCCUUCAUCUGCUCAGUAUUUUAGUCUCUUUUAAACACAAUAAAUAUGAGCUCAACAGC